CAAAAAUGAAACCUCAAGUUAUGGAGGAAACUCUUCCCUCCCAUUUUUAGUGUUCGUCUCCUGUACGCUGAUCUGUAACCCCACACUCUCCCGCUGUAUAACUCCGACCAAAAAUCCAUAGAUUCCCAAUCAUCCCGCCGAUAGGCGCACCAUUUUCCGACCUCCCUUCACCACAAACCUGCCGACACCAGAAAACCCUAGUUUAGGGUUUCAAAACCAUGCCAGCAAUGGCUUCGCAAGGCAAAAUUCACCGAAUCGAGCUUGAGAAUUUCAAAUCUUAUAAAGGUCAUCAAAUCAUUGGUCCUUUUUAUGACUUCACCGCCAUUAUUGGUCCUAAUGGUUCUGGAAAGUCUAACCUUAUGGACGCUAUUAGCUUUGUGCUCGGUGUUCGAACCGGUCAACUCAGGGGUGCACAGUUGAAGGACUUGAUUUACGCUUUUGACGACCGGGAGAAGGAGCAGAGAGGUCGUAGGGCUUAUGUGAAGUUGGUUUAUCGGCUUGGAAACGGUACGGAGCUCUUGUUUACUCGUACUAUCACCGGUGCUGGAGGAAGCGAGUACCGAAUUGAUGAUAGAGUUGUCAAUUGGGAUGACUAUAAUGGGAGGUUGAAGUCUCUCGGAAUUCUCGUCAAGGCCAGGAAUUUCUUGGUUUUUCAGGGUGAUGUGGAGUCUGUUGCCUCUAAAAAUCCUAAAGAACUUACCAUGCUUUUUGAGCAAAUAUCUGGGUCUGAUGAAGAUAAGAGAUUGUAUGAAGAUCUGGAGGAAAAGAAAGGUGCAGCUGAGGAAAAGUCUACACUUGCUUAUCAGAAAAAACGGACUAUUGUUAUGGAGAGAAAGCAGAAGAAGGAGCAGAAGGAGGAGGCCGAAAAACAUAUGCGUUUGCAAGAGCAGUUGAGAUCAUUAAAGAAAGAACACUUCUUGUGGCAGUUAUUUAACAUAGAAAAUGAUGUUGAGAAGGCCAAUGAGGAGAUUGAAGCUGAACAGGGAAGCCUUCAAGAAAUUAUUAAUGAAUUGGAUGGUUAUGAGAAUGAAUCACGCAAAAAAGAAAAGGAGCAAGCUAGAUAUAGAAAAGAAAUUGAUAAACGUGAAAAGAAGAUGGCAGAGAAGAAGAAUAAAAUUGAUAAAAAUCAACCAGAGCUUCUCAAGCUGAAGGAGGAGAAAUCUCGUUUAAAUGCAAAGCUUAAAAACACUGGGAAAGAGCUUGACAAAAGGAAAGAAGAGAAGAAGAAACACAUGGUUGAAAUUGAAAAGCUUCGGAAUAACUUGGAGGACCUUACCAAGCAACUUGACAGCUUACAAACAAAAGGUCAAUCUGAAGGUGGGAAGCUUCAUUUAGCUGAUGAUCAGUUGGAUGCAUAUAACCGCAUUAAAGAGGAAGCUGGUAUGAGGACUACCAAGUUAAGGGACGAUAAAGAGGUUCAAGACAGGGAACAACACGCUGAUGUAGAAGCUCAAAAGAAUUUGGAAGAGAAUCUUCAGCAGUUGGAGAGCAGGAAGCAAGAGCUUGAGUUGCAACAGAAACAAAUGCAAAGUAGACUAAAGAAGAUUCUUGAUGCCAUUGGCAAACAUAAUGAAGAGCUCAAACGAUUGAGAAAGGAACAAAAUGACACGAGGAAGAGACUUGGAGAUUCCAAAGAAAAAUAUGAGAUGUUGAGGGCAAAGAUAAGUGAAUUAGAGAAUCAGUUACGUGAGUUGAAGGCCGACAAACAUGAAAAUGAUAGGGAUACAAAGUUGUCACAAGCAGUUGAGGCUCUCAGGCGCCUAUUUCCUGGUGUUCAUGGUCGUAUGACCGAGCUGUGCAGACCGACACAGAAGAAGUAUAAUCUUGCUGUUACCGUUGCUAUGGGCAGAUUUAUGGAUGCUGUAGUUGUUGAUGAUGAGCAUACAGGAAAAGAAUGUAUCAAGUAUCUGAAAGACCAAAGGCUUCCUCCUAUGACGUUUAUACCUCUUCACUCGGUCCGAGUAAAACCAAUCAUUGAGAAGCUGCGAACCUUACGCGGAACUGCAAGGCUUAUCUUUGAUGUGAUCCAAUUUGAUCCAGUAUUGGAUAAGGCCAUCCUAUUUGCUGUUGGGAAUACUUUAGUCUGUGAUGAUCUUGAUGAGGCUAAGCAUCUAAGUUGGACUGGAGAGAGAUUUAAAGUUGUGACUGUUGAUGGCAUUUUAUUGACAAAGGCCGGUACCAUGACCGGCGGUACAAGUGGUGGAAUGGAAGCGAGGUCACAUAAAUGGGAUGAUAAGAAGAUAGAAGGUCUCAAAAAGAAGAAAGAAGGGCUUGAAGCAGAGUUGCAAGAGCUGGGGUCAAUAAGAGAGAUGCAUUUAAAAGAGUCUGAAGCAUCUGGGAAGAUCAGUGGGCUUGAGAAGAAGAUUCAGUAUGCAGAAAUUGAGAAGAAAAAUAUGGAGGAGAAACUUUCAAAAUUGACAGUUGAAUACAGUAAUAUAAAGAAUGAAAUUAGUUAUAUCGAACCUCAACUUCUUAAGAUAAAAGACAAAAUAUCUUCAAGACAACGAACAAUAUUAUCGAUGGAAAAGAGGAUCAAUGAAAUUGUUGAUAAGAUCUACAAGAGAUUUAGCGAGUCUGUUGGGGUGGACAAUAUCCGCGAAUAUGAAGAGAACCAGCUUGCAGCUGCCCAGGAGUUGGCUGAGGAAAGGCUUAGCUUGCGUAAUCAGCAGUCGAAGCUGAAAUAUCAGCUGGAGUAUGAGAAAAAGAGGGACAUGGGAGCACGUAUUGCUAAGCUGGAAGCAUCACAAAAUGAACUAAAAAAUGGUUUGGUCGAGGUUGAUGAGAGAGAGAAAGAACUUAAAUCGACCAUAGAGAAAGCUGCGGAGGAGAUUAAUACGUUGAAGGAAGAAGUACAGGAAUGGAAAUCAUUGUCGGAAGGGUGUGAGAAGGAGAUGAAAGAAUGGAAAAUAAAGAUCUCGGCUGCUACAACAAACAUAACAAAGCAUAAAAAUAGGAUCGAUGCUAAGGAGACUCUAAUUACACAAUUAAAUUCGAGGAAACAAGAUAUUCUGGAGAAGUGUGAAUUAGAGCAAAUAAGUCUUCCAACUGUGGCUGACCCGAUGGAUAUUGAAUCAGCACCAGGCCCAGUGUAUGAUUUCAGUCAACUGAGUAGAUCACAUCAGCAUAACAUGAGACCUGCUGAAAGAGAGAAGAUCGAGGCGGAAUUUAAGCAGAAAAUUGGAAGCAUAAUAUCGGAAAUUGACCGGACAGCUCCAAACUUGAAAGCUCUAGAUCAGUAUGCUGCUUUGCAGGAGAAGGAGAAAGCAGCGAGCAAAGAGUUCGAAGAGGCCAGGGAUGAAGAGAAAGAAAUAGUCAAGCAGUUUGAAACUGUGAGGACCAGAAGGCUUGCACGUUUUAUGGAAGCUUUCAACCAUAUCUCUGGUGAUAUUGACAAAAUCUAUAAGCAACUCACGAAGAGCGGCACACACCCACUUGGUGGCACUGCAUAUUUGAACCUGGAUAAUGAGGAUGAACCAUUUUUACAUGGCAUCAAGUACACUGCUAUGCCUCCUACCAAGCGUUUCCGGGAUAUGGAGCAACUCUCGGGUGGGGAGAAGACUGUUGCGGCACUUGCUUUACUUUUCUCCAUCCACAGUUACAAGCCAUCACCUUUUUUUAUACUGGAUGAGGUGGAUGCUGCAUUAGAUAAUCUAAAUGUUGCCAAGGUUGCUGGAUUCAUCAGAUCGAAAUCGUGUGACGAAGAAAGAGCUAGUCAAGAGCCACCGGUUGAAGGGAAUGGUUUCCAGAGUAUCGUGAUCUCACUCAAAGAUAGCUUUUAUAAUAAGGCUGAAGCUCUGGUUGGGGUUUACAGGGAUUCUGAAAGAGGGUGUUCAAGAACUUUGACGUUCGACCUAACCAAAUACCGAGAGUCGUGAUCGCUUUGGAGAUGGUUUCGGGUCGCAUAUCUGAAAGUACAUACAGAUGAACAUGUAGGUCUUGCAGGACCUGUUUAGAUAAUGUAACUUUAAAACACUAGAUUUAGUCUAUAAGGUUGUGUGCAGGAUUUAGUAGCUUUUCUUUGUCGAUUAGAGAUGUCAGGUAAGCUAAACAUUUACAUUUGUAAAACCAUAUGGUUAAAACAAAUCAGACUUAACAUGACAGAACAAAAACUUGUACGGUCAUAUGUUUGUUGCAGGGUAGAAGAGAACUGAUUGGCACAAA